UCUUCCCAAUUAUAAUUCAUAAUGACUCAUAACGAAAAAGAACAUAAGUAUCACUUUGAUACCCUCCAAUUACACGCUGGACAAAGCCCUGACCCUACUACAAACUCUCGUGCUGUCCCAAUUUAUGCUACAUCCUCCUAUGUGUUCAAUGAUACUAAGCAUGGUGCUGAUCUUUUCGCCCUCCGUGCAAGUGGCAAUAUUUAUUCCAGAAUUAUGAACCCAACCACGGAUGUAUUUGAACAACGUAUGGCUGCUCUUGAAGGUGGUGUUGCUGCUACAUCUGUAUCUUCUGGUCAAGCUGCCCAAUUCCUUACUAUCUCUACUCUCUGUAAAGUUGGAGACAAUAUCGUGGCUAGUUCCAGUCUGUAUGGUGGCACCUAUAACCAGCUCAAGGUGGUUUUCCCCAAGAUGGGUAUUACUACAAAGUUCAUUCAAAGUGAGGAUCCCGAGGAUUUCCGUAAUGCUAUUGAUGAAAACACCAAGAUGAUCUAUGUCGAGAGUAUUGGUAACCCCCAAUUUAAAAUUCCUGACUUUGUCGCUUUAGCUGCUGUUGCUCAUGAAAAUAACAUCCCUUUGGUGGUUGACAACACAUUCGGUGCUGGUGGUUAUAUUGUCAAGCCAAUUGAGCAUGGUGCUGAUAUUGUUGUACAUUCUGCUACAAAGUGGAUUGGCGGCCAUGGUACAACUAUUGGCGGAGUUGUCGUUGACGCCGGUAACUUUGAUUGGAGCAAUGGUAAAUUCCCUGAUUUCACUGAGCCUUCGCCCGGUUAUCACGGAUUAAAGUUCUGGGAAACAUUCGGCAAACUUGCAUUCACUUUCCGCCUCAAGACUGAAACAUUACGUGAUAUUGGUGCUUGUCAAAAUCCUUUUGGCUCCUUCUUGUUACUUCAAGGUUUGGAAACAUUGUCUCUUAGAGUGCAACGCCAUCUUGACAAUACACUUGAAUUGGCUAGAUGGCUUCAAGCAAGAGAAGAUGUUGCUUGGGUUCUUUAUCCUGGUCUUGAAGAACAUCCUUCUCAUGAAAUGGCAAAGAAAUAUCUUCAUGGUUUCGGUGGAGUCUUAACAUUCGGUGUCAAGGGGUCUCUUAAGACAUUUAUUGAAUCUGUCAAAUUGGCUUCUCAUUUAGCCAAUGUUGGUGAUGCUAAAACACUUGUUAUUGCACCUGCUUUAACAACACAUCAACAAUUGACUGAUGAAGAACAAGAAUCUGCUGGUGUUACCAAGGAUAUGAUUCGUGUGUCUGUUGGCAUCGAGCAUAUUGAUGAUAUCAAGUGGGACUUUGAUCAAGCUUUAACAAAGUCAAUUGCCCACGUACAUGGACAUCACGUUGAAAAGCUUCUCGAUAGAUUGCACUUUUAAAUGCCCUCAAUCAAACGGUCCAUUUUCAAUUUCGUCAUAAUUGACGUUGUUUAAAACGCCGAAAUAAACUCCAAGCUCUUUUUUUUCUUUUUCCCUUU